AUGGCAUCGCUAAAGUCCUUCUACGGUGCCAAGUCCUGUGCACGCGCCGGACGUCCGGUAGUGAGAACUUGUGGUUUUCAGCUUUAUUCUCGGGAUCGUUCUCUCGGUUCUGGAGGCGCCGGCAGCUGUGCAGGCGGCAGCCCUCCCCGCCCACUGGGGAACGGUUCACGUUUCAUCCAUGAACGGGGAGCGGAGAGUAAAGCUACCUCUCCCGAUUGUUCGCGAGCUAGAAGUUCGUCUUCGUCGUUUGCAAGCAACGGCGAGCAACAACAAAUUGCGCACCGGGCGCGUGCAGAGUUCACAAAGGAGCUGUCAGAUCGUGAGACCUGCGGGUUGCCACCGAACUAUGAGGAUGUAGAGGAUUGGAAUGACGCAUUGUCGGCGUCUCGCUGGUCGACUCAAAGCAAUGGCGUUACGUCUGCCCGUGGCAUCAAUGGUGGUGACCGAAAAAAACUAUUCGGGGUCGCUAGCAGCGAAUGGAGAGAUCACGCCCCUCUUUGUUCCGUUCUUGACUCGCCUUCACCGUUGGUCGCCGCACUUGAGGGCCACACGGCAGUGGCUGGUGGGUUCCCUGUAACACCGGAAAGCAGUACAGACUCAGUGGCAACGGAUAAUGCUGAGUUUGAAGGACUCCGUUUCGUCAAACCAUGCGAGAGUUUGAGCGGUCCGUUCUCUGCCACCGCUGAAAUUGCGAAUCUAUCUCCCGACUUCAACAUCGAUAAGUUUCUUGCUGGAACACCAAAUAUAAUCGACGGAAACGGAACUAGUCGCCCUUCCUCCGACUCAGAAUUGUUUGUGGGCAGCUAUUUAGAAGACGGCAAAACGUCGACUUUCAUCGAUGAACCAAAAGUUACGGCACAGCAGCAGACGAACGAGAAAAACUUGACUCUUCUGCAGCAAGAUAUUUCUGCUCUAGAGGACCUGGUGGAGCAGACAGAUCGGAGACUGAAAGGACUGGGAGAACUCUCUCUCAUAACGGAAGAGUCAAAUUUUUCCGGUCCAACCAAGCAAUCUCUCGAACGAACGCCUCAAAAGGAUGCUGGAGAGCUUGAAGGCGUCACACGGCAGAUGCCCAAAUCUAUUCAAGCGGAUACGUCAGGAGUGGAGGUGUAUCUGCCGCCUGCCAGCAUACAAACUGACCAAUCUUCACAAACGGAUUUCGUUCCAGUUUGUCUUUCGCAAAAAAGAGACUCUCCGAGGAAGGAAGUGGGAGAGGAAGCCGAGGUAGGGCGUCAAGACAAACCUGUCACUGGAGGCGUUUUGACCAAGGGCAGAAUGACACUGGCGAGCUUGAAAAGCGACCGCAACCCAGGAGAUGAAGGCAGAUGUCACGGUGCAUCCGGGGCACUCAACGGCGCUGGAUAUGAGCGGCAUUGCCUCUCUAGGCCGGUUGUCAAUGAAGGAACGGGGACCAUAAGAUCUGAUCCGCAUGCGCGGAUCGCCAAUUUGAAUGAGGCCCUUCACUACGGCGGCACAGCUUCCCGAUUGCCAGAGGCACUUCGCAGAAUAAAUAAAGAUCGACAAGGAACCAGAUACGGCGAACUACUCAUAUCAGCCCCGUCCGGAGGCAGAGUCAACCUGAAUCCUUGUUCUGUGUCCGCUCCCUCCGAUCUGGCAUUGCUUUCCGCCAGCCUUCAAAAACCGGACGUCGAGCAAGCCGAGCCUUCGGCUACCUACCCUCUCGAAAGGUCCAGGCAGGUCUAUGCUGUGAGGUCUUCUCCGCGAUCCCAGCCCCGGAGCUGUCCCGGUGGCUUCGUCCUACUAAACUCGAGGCCCAAGAGGAAAUUUAAAAAAGUGGUAUGGGUCGAGUCUGGCUCCACAGCGGAGAGCCGUGAUGAUGACGCGCAACAUGGAUUGUGCUGCCACAGUGAAGAUUCCUCGCAUCGCUGUGCCUCGGGGUCCGACUACUCCUGUCAUUGCCAUUCCGGUGUCCCCCGCUGGCGGAGCAGCCGCGAAGAAAUCCACCGGUGCCGUUCAGCGAGGGAAGGAACCUGUCGAGCUAGAACGGCGUUUCUUGACGUUGUCACAGGGGACUCAACGGACUAUGCGCAUCGCCUCCCUUCACUGUCAGUGAAUGGCCGGAUCAGUGAAGCAGUUGACAGGAGAAAAGCGGUUCUUCCUUUCCCGCAAUCUCCUAGAAGAUGGGAUGAACUGGAUUCGUUAGGAUCCAGCUUCGCAGAGGCUGAAGCGCGUUGUGGUACUCAACAGAACGGACAGAAUCGAAAGACAAUACCCCUCAAUGCCCCGUCAGAAAUGUGUGUCCUGUCAGGAUACAACACUCGUCCUUCUGUCCGCGAAAAAGCACAGCGCAUGCUCCAGCCAUACCCAUACGUCGAGGACUGGACAGACACAUCUUCGGCAGCUUCUGGAUUUCCUCCAGACGGUCACUGGCAACCACACGGAACUCCGCUAGAAGAUGGCAUUGACUUGAUCCAGGAUCUUGUUGACAAAGACCCUCGGUCUCGGUAUUGCAGCAGAGAAGGCGUCCUGAACCAACCCGGAGGUACACACGCUGCGGGUGAGCAGCUUUACCACCACCGCGGACAUCCAUGGACUGCACAACAUUACGAUUCUGAAAAGAUCAAGGUAACCAUCGAUGCUUUAUCCCCCCUCAGUCCUUGCGGAUUAUUUAGACCGUGGCAGAUGCAAGGCAGUCGUCUGCGGUUUGAACGGGAUCCAAGCGAGGAUGAGCGUACCCGCUGCCGCCGCUGUGUGACAGGAACCCCUGGCGGUGAUUUUCUGAAGCACAAAGCCCCACAGUGUGCCUCACCGGCAAAGGAUGAUUCACUGGACAAAGUGCCUUGGCUGCAGGUGUCCACCGGCACCUGCAGUGCAAGGGUCUGCCAUGACACCACACCGAAGCACAAGGAAGAAAACCAACGAUCCGAAAGGGUCUCUCCAACCGUGAACAUCACCGAACAAGGGAUCCAGACUUCAGCACACAAUGAUCCAGAUCCCAUCUGUUCCCCUUGUGAUCACCAUGGAAAGAAACAGGAUGUCUCUAGUCAAGUGUCUCCGUCACGCAAGGAUCUGGUGCCCAAAGGCACAGGCAGUGGAACGAGGGAGAAUCCUGUCACGGCUGUGUGUGAGAGAUCUAGCUCACAAGUUCAGAGUGUCCAGCCAUCGCUUAUGCACCUAACGAGCGAGACAGUGCACAUGCCCAGGCCAUUGUGUCACUCGCCUAAAGAAAAAGUCAGUCUGCUUCAUCGCAACGAUAAUUCGGCCUUCGGACCUACAUAUCCGACCCAGCAACCACGGAGGCUACGCCAAUCGCCACGCCCGCUGCUCAUGAACGACGCAGCCAUCUGUACGUCCCCAGUUUUCCGCAGAGAUAUUGCUACAGGUGCUUCUCCAAGAUCCAUGGAACGGGAUGGAAAGGACAGAUCAUCUGCCGGAGGAGUCGCCGCCACUCCCGCUCUGCGGCGGAAUUCUACUCAGGCAGCGUUUGAUUCUUCCCAAAUCGAGGAUCCAUUUGACGUCCAGCAGAUCUUAGCCCAAAUUUCUCCAUUGGGACGGGAGAAAACCCACUCAAACGGCAACUGUGAAAACGGGAACACAAGUCAACCUUCAGGAGGCAACCUGGUGGAAAACAGUGGCAGCCAUGUGCGUCAGCCAACUUCAGACGCGCAAGGAACCUUCAGUCUCCCAGCGACAGAAGUUCUUGAAGUCGCUGAGGCAUGCCAUCAAACAGGCAAGUCAAAGAGCAACGAAACGUGCGAAGAAAUCAUUAGCACACUGAACCAGACAAUCAGGAGGAUUGAAGGACGCACGCAGAGGCACGAGGACUCUCUACCGUUGCCAGACAAGGUGACCAGACAAGAGGACAGCGGCGGCAUUUUCCUAAACAACUCCUCAUGCUUGCGGGAGCUCUCAACUCCAGACAGAUGUGGCUGUCUGGCUGUCUCCGAAGAGCCCCUGGGACUGGACACCCCGGCUUUGGCUGCACCGGAAGCCUCUUUGAGUCGCCACCACCUGAGUCUCGAGCUAAAGGAGGUCCAUGAGAUGCUGAUAAAACUCAUGGAGCCAGAUGUUGAAACACCGGAGAACCUGUGCAGAAAGCAUGCGCUUGAUAUGUCGUCUCCUCUAAACACUGCCGGCCACUUACCAACUUGCACAGAGCGACAGUGCGAAUCGUUUCUGUUGCCGAAUGCGGGACGCCGGCAUAACUGUUUCUCUGCAGAAGACGUUCAGUUCUCGGGGCCUGCGGUGUGCACACAUCCGUCGGCGAGGGCUUCACGACGCGCUGCUAGGCCAGCGGGCGCCGCGAAAUCUGACGGGUGUGCAAGUCUGGCAUUCUUUGAAAGUCCUGUUCGAGUGGAAAGGGAGGCGCUAGGAGCGUGGGCACUAAACACUGCCCACAGCGACACAGAAGACGCUCUGAGGGCCUCGCUCGAGCGGCAACGCCAUGGACGAGGGGGUCGGCCGUCACUCCUUUCGCGCGCGACAACGUGGGUUUUGGGAGAAAAUCGAACGAAAUCUCAUGGGACCCAUUCAAGUACGAUCGUGUCGCAGAGAUGCAGCGCCGCACGUUCCAUAAAGAGAGCUCGUUCUAUGCCAGUCCCCGCUGAUCGAGGGGCGAGGCGAGGAUGGAUACAUGAGCCUCGGCUGCAAAGAAUGCGGCCUCCUGACGACAUAUGCGUUCGGCGAAAAGCUGGGGAGAGAAAACGAAUUCCAUCCCUAGAGGUGUUCUCAGCAGUUGCAGAGCAGCCAGAGAUGGCUCGGCUGCGACCAGCAGAGAAAGCACUCGCGUGUAAAAGAGCGGUCCCGCCGAUCCGACAUAACAACAAAGAAGAGCUUCGAGUUUUCUUCCCCGAAGGUAGCAUCUCGACUGCGAGUACUGCUUCGGAUCCUGGAGAUUCCGGCGUACUAACGGAAAAAUCUCAGAGCUGGGACAGUGUCCAAGGCCUGGAGUCGCGAUUCCCAGAAGAGAGGCAGGUUUUCUCGCCAGGAUGUUAUCCCGCGAAGUCGUCGUCACUGCGAAGCACUUCGAGGGGUCGUCUCGAAAGGCAUGCGGGGCGACACAAGCCCCCCGACUUGGCUGAUGUCGUGUGGCAAGAAGGUUCAGCGGCCGAUCUAAGAUACGACGAACGGAGAGGUCGUGGUAGUUUGAGUCUCUGUCGGGAGAAGCCUAAACACACUUGCUCGCGCAGUUCGUAUUCUCGGACAGAGGAGCAAAAACUCCCCGGACAGACAGCUGGAGGAUUAGGAAGACAGCGGCGCCAAUUCACACCAAAAAGUGCCAGCUUGCGGCCAUCCUUGGAACAUGGACAGAAUAGCGCAGAGGCAUCCAGGACAGCACAGUCCAAGUCUUGUUGUCUCUGCGGGGUCAGCAAAGAGUAUUCGACUCCUCUGAAACCGAUUCGAUCGGAGGAAAGCGAGUUUCUACGGAAAGCCAUGUCUUGUGACGCCAGAAAACCCUCUGACGGCUUCGGCGCUCAUUGCCGCCGACAAAGCCCCGAGGCAACAUUACUGCGUGGCUCCUCGUCUACCGUUCGAAUGCAUGGUGUGCAGGGUAACCUGCGCCACGGCUCACUAAGGCCGCAGACACUAAAUCGGGAAGGCAGAACACUUUCGCGGGGAUUCUCGGGGCAGUACUGCCGGCAAAACCUUUCGGGUGAUCUGGCUGGCGUGCAGUCGACACGGCAAGCGCAGAAGAAUGUUCAGGAGGAGGGAAACCACUCCUACCAAAACAGGCUUAUUCCAGAAGGAGGGAUGGAACCUAGAGAACUCCGUGGGUGUUCCCGGCCAGAUGUGGCUACCAUGCCGCGGAAGCCAAGCACACCAUCGAGGAACUCGUCAAGAUCGACAAGAUCCAUUUCGAAUACAGGGAAAAGUCUACAGAUGCUAAAACAGUCUUUACGUUAUACAUACACCAGGGACAGUACCGGUGAAAAGGUUCGUCUCUCACAGGCAAAGGAAAGGCCAAUCGUCUGCAGCGUGUCCCAUGCUGAGAGCCAGACGUCGCGUCCGCACACGAUUAUUUCCGGUUCGGCAAUAAGCAUAGAUUUGAACCCACGAGUCUCCCCUCAGCCCCCGCAGUCGUUUGAUCAAAGUGAAGAAAUGUCUAACCGCUGCGCGGACACUUUCCCUGAAAAACGUCCAAGCCACAGUGACCCUCAUAGGGGAGACAAACACCCCACGUGUUGUUCCAGUUUACGAAACACAGAGCUUGCAAAAAAGGACGUCGAAGUUAAUGCUGGCUUUGAGCAGGAGCAGCCAAACGUGGGUCCGCAAGAAAUCGCCUCCAGUAUGCUUGCGGAAGGCGUCAGGAGUGCGUUGAGUGACCUUGACUCGUCAGCGGAGGGUCUGCAUGCAUCGGCUGCAGAAGUCUUGCCGCCAGAGGGCGACACCCUAGGAAGCUUUAGAAGCAGCUCUGGCGCAGAGAAACCAGCUUUAGCCCCCGAGCCCCGAGUUUAUCCGGUGAGAAGUAUGCGAGCACGGGUGCAGGCAAGUGUGAGGAAACGGAAGAGCCAAGAAAGAGUGCGACGAUCUUUCCGAUUCGAAGAAAGCGACAGCACACCGGGCGCAAACGGCGUUCUAACUGAAGAACAUGUGUCGGGCGUCACAGGCGCUUCCUUCGAAAGCUCGGACGCGAGAAUAAUCCAAAGAAACGAAGACGAAACCCAGCAAAAUAAUGUGCUACGAGCUUCUCCUAAAAGAAUUAGUGCGUGGGGUGUCCGAGAAACAUCCGUGGAGUUGAAGAGCUCUCUUGUCGACGAAGAAAGCGAUGUGGCAAACAAGAGACCCGCUGUGAACUACCGGCAGGAUGUGGCUGUCGGUCGCAGUCCUCCGUCAUCGCUUACCCCGAGUUGGUGUUACGGCCAAGCCGUAUCGCUGUCCGGAAAGACUCCUACUUCUGUCGAGUUGGACGCAACAGAAAUCUCCUCAUGCGAUUCAGAGAGCGACGGAAGUGUUGGCAGGGAGGCAGGUAUCAGCCGUCAGUGCGUCACGGUGGAACCACGGAGAGGCAUCCGGUUUAAAAAAUGCAGUUCAUUCGGCCAGAGUGGUGAGGAAAAGUGCGAGGCAGAGCCCACUGAAGAGUCUAGCAUGGGCGCUCUCUGGAAGGAGAGCUCGCGGUCGGCGAACUCCGUUCUCGAGAUUGACAUGCGGGAAACAGCCACAGAGGAGAAACAGUAAGGCAUCCUCCUAUAGCAUUUCGUCAGUCAGGAGGGAAGAAACAUUUUUCUGGAAUUAAAGUGUUCUAUUUUACGUGCAGGUGUACACAGAAGUUUGUGCGUGUGUCAUAGUAGGUACAGCCUCCUGUUAACGGGCUGAAGAGUCUCUUGCCGUGGGGGGAUGCGCAAACAUGAGAUACGAGUGUCUAGCAAGGCAUGCACGUUACCGUAGAUACACCUGGAAGAAUGCAACCGCCAGCGUGCAAGGGUUUUCUCUGGUGAAGAUAAUGAGAAGACGCUUGCGCGCUUUUGCUGCCCAGAAUGCCUGCCCGUCGUGUGCGGCUCUGGCCAUCCGUAGGAAGCCGAAAUACCUCCUCUGAGUGUCGUCCUGUUGUUCCAUAUUCAAAAUGUAAGAAACGACAAAGCUGCAGUAGCAGGACGAAAUCUCCAGUGCUGGAGUAUUCGCAAUGAGCAUCACCGUCCUCUGCCGGUGAUACCGGUGAUACUCGGAAGAGGCUUCGACGUUUCUUUCUCUCCUUUCGCUGUGGGUUUCUAUCGCCCUUGACAUCUGAACGGUCAGAAAGCUGCGCGAAAGGCGGCAGAAGGACUUCUCCAACUACCUCUCCCGUAGAUAUGGAGAGUCUUACGGAAGCUUAUCAGCGGAAUCACCCGAUGCGUCACGCAGCCAGACACCGGCACCUGGCCAUCUCGAGACCUGUACUUCCAGGACGAGCCCCGAGAGGACCAGAGUGCUUGGUGAAUUCGAGGUCCCGUACCGCAGCUAUCCGCUUUCCCCAGAAAAAACAAACAAGCGUUCAACGCACCCCCUCAUGAGGUCGUUUGGCUGUGCAUCCAAUCGGGCAGUAAUUCUCAACGCUCUACAACAUGCUUGUCUUGCUGGUGAGACGUGCCAAGUUUCGUAGCACCACGCGACCAGUCUUGAGAUCGGAAACACUGGCAUUUUUCUCCAUCACGGAUCCGACUGGUGUUGGGGUCCUUUCAUAUCCGGCCAAUGUCUAGAAUCAUAGACUGGCCACCGAACAUCGCUUUUCUUUUGUUUUUCAAAGACGGCCGUGUGGCAAACUUCUUCCGAUUUUUUUCAGGGGAAGUUAACCGGUCAAGACGUGAACGUCUGAUUGCCUGUUUCAAGGACCAGUGGGCAGAGUGUCGGGUCUUUAUCAUUCUGUUGAAAGGCCCUGGCCAACGUCAUGAACUUCGUGCACUGUAUGCUCUCGAUGCGGAAAGAGGCUUUGUUAAAGUGAGAAAUCACAUCCUUUCCAUUAAAAAUAACAUCGGGUACAUUUCGAGUGGUCGCUAAUGCCCCGAAAUCUCCCACGGUGGCUUGGCC